UCCAAAAGCUUAAUUAUUACUUUCCUUCCUGUUCCAAGAUUAUAGUUAGAAAUUACAAUUUACCUGUUCCCUAGCUUAUUCAGAAAUAAAAUUGAUGAGAAAGGAGCAAUCUUGGUUUAGCAGCCAUGGUUUGCCCAUUAACAAGAACGUGGAAGCUGACAGUAGCAGUAGCGAGUGGCUAUGGUUCCACUCGUUGCAGUAAUUUGAACUCCAUGUUUAAUUCCUUCCUUUCCAAUAAACAAAUUACAAGGCAGAAUUUGGCUAAUUUGUCUUUUGAUCCCACUUCUUCUUCAUCUUCUCUGAGCUCUUGUUUGUCUAAUUCUCCUUUGGCUGCUUACUCAGACAACAAAAAAUGUGUACCAAAUGCAAGAAACAAUGAGACAGAUGUGCACAGAGAUGACAGAUUUGGAAAAGAACUCAGACCCAAAAUUACGGAGCUUGAAGAAAAUCAGCCUUGGCUGCAUAAACUUGUGUUUACAUCCAAGAAGAUCAGGAGUGUUCUCUUGCUCAAUUUCAUCACCAUUGUUUAUGCAAGUGAUAUUCCAGUUAUAAAAACAGUUGAAUCUAUAAUGGACCCGGCACCCUUCUCCGCGGUGCGGUUCGUGAUGUCGGCCAUCCCAUUCUUGCCGUUCGUGCUUCGAGCUCGAGACGAUGUUAAGACGCUGAAAGCGGGGAUAGAGUUGGGACUUUGGGUCAGUUUGGGUUACUUUGUUGAGGCAAUUGGUCUACUUACAGCUGAUGCUGGCCGUGCAUCGUUCAUUUCUCUGUUUACAGUUAUGGUGGUACCAGUGCUCGAUAGCAUGUUGGGAGCUAUAAUACCUGCUCGUACUUGGUUCGGUAUUCUCAUGUCUGCACUCGGUGUUGCUAUGCUAGAAUGCAGCGGUUCCCCACCGAACAUUGGAGACCUGCUAAGCUUUCUGAGCGCUAUAUUUUUCGGAAUUCACAUGCUUCGGACAGAACAUCUUUCAAGAAGCACAAAGGAGGAGAACUUCUUGGCACUUCUUGGAUAUGAGAUUUGUGUGGUUGCUCUGUUUUCGACACUGUGGGUUGUAAUUCAAGGAUGGCUUGAUGGCGACCAAGAUUUCGAUAAAUCAUCUUUGACAUGGGAAAUGUUAUGGGAUUGGAUGAUGGCCUUUCCAUGGCUACCUGCCCUAUAUACAGGCAUAUUCUCAACUGGAUUGUGUCUAUGGAUAGAGAUUGCUGCUAUGCGUGAAGUGUCAGCAACAGAAACAGCCAUCAUAUAUGGAAUGGAGCCGGUAUGGGGAGCUGGUUUUGCAUGGUUUCUCCUCGGUGAACGGUGGGGCACAACCGGAUGGAUCGGGGCUGCUCUCGUGCUCAGUGGAAGCUUAAUGGUGCAAAUGUUGGGAACAUCAGCUGCAAAAGGACCGAUAGACGUGGAAAAAGGAAAUCAGAAAGGCAAUCUGCAGCGGGUUUCCGGAAUGGACAAAGGAAAAUUGCAGAAGAAGUUGUCUACUACACCAAUUGUUGUGAGAACCAGAAAGGAUGUGAGGGAUAUGUUUUAAGUUAUCCAUGUCACAAAUGCUUUUCUAACUAUACCCUGCUGCCUUGUAUAACUGUUCAUAGAC